UGUGACUCGUUUUAAAUAAAGUGAAUUUUUCAGUAAAAGAAUCUCAGAAUGGAAUCAAGACAACCUCUCUUUGACCUUGGCUACUGCUAUCCAGAAAAAAAUAGAUCCUGCCUUAAAUUACUGCGCAAAACAGAAGAUUAUGUGGCCCUCUACAUUUUUGCAGGAGUUAUCAUUGGGCUUACAAUGAUAGGAAAUCUGUUCGUGGUCAUUUCAGUCUCUCAUUUCAAACAGCUUCAUACAACAACUAACUUUCUUAUUGUGUCGCUCGCUAUGGCAGAUUUCUUAAUUGGAAUGUUUGUAAUGCCUUUAGAAUUUCAUCUUAAAAUAGAGACCUGCUGGUACUUCAGUGAAAAUGUCUGCAUAUUUUAUAUCAUAUAUGUAUAUUUUUUAAAUUUACUUUCUAUAAUUCAUUUGGUUUUAAUAUCAGUUGAUCGUUAUUUAGCUAUAUGUCACCCUUUCUAUUAUAAUACUAAAAUGUCAGGAACUAAAAUGUGGGUGGCAAUUGCUUUGUGUUGGCUGUUGUGUUUUUUUUAUACAUUAACUAGAGUACUUUUUACUGGAGGUGUAAUUGUAACCAAUAUUUGUGCUGGAUUUUGUAGAUUUUAUCAUACAAAUAUUUGGUAUCUUUUUAAUUUAAUACUUACAUUUAUAUUACCUUCUACAACAAUUAUAUGUUUAUAUGGAAAAGUAUUUAUCAUUGCAAGAAGUCAUGCAAGGGCUAUAAAAUCUAUGAAUGAACACUCCACAGACAGCAAAACGAGAAACAUACCAAAUUCAUCACAAAGGAAGGCUGCGAUGACUCUAGGAAUAGUGGUGAUAGUAUUUUUGAUUUGCUGGAUCCCAGUCUAUGUGUUCCCUAUAGCAGUAACAUCAAGCUCAGUUCUUAACUAUAUUAUAGUAGAUGCUUUUUCUUGGAUAAGUCAAAUUAAUUCUUGCAUGAAUCCAUUUAUUUAUGCGUUGUUUUAUCCUUGGUUUCAACAAUCUCUAAAACUAAUGCUCACAUGUAAAAUAUUUAAACCCGCAUCAUCAGUUAUGAACCUUUUUGUAAAGAAAUAAGAUUUAAAUGGAAAGAACCUGCAAAGGUGAGAUUUUUAAAAUAUUCUUUUAAUAUGAAUAUUAGGCUCUAAAAAUAUACAGCAAUAGAAUCCUUAGAAUGAUAUUUACUGUUUAAUGUUUCUUUUUUGUAGUGUUGUUGUUUCACCUUGCCAUAUUGCUGGUGUCUGUGGCGCAUUUUAAUGUGGUUUUGCAAAUUACAAAGAUUAGCAUAAGUUUAAAAGUACUGUUCACUUGUGUGUUGCUUGACAUUGUGCAUUAAAUUUUUGUUUAUUUAAA